AUGGAUAUGAACGACGUGGAGCGACAACAGCCGCCGGCGAUUGUAUUGUCGUCCUCGGAGUCAUCGCCGUGUCUUUCUCUUUCAUCAUCCGCAGAGGAGCUACAGCACAUGCCGCUGGCGCCACCAAAGAUGAUGAGCCGGAAGAGGCUGUGCAAGCAGCUGUCCAUGUGCGAGACGCCGCGUGACAUUGCAUGGGAGAAGCGGCGCCGGCAGAUUCUGAAGCAGGAGAGGAAGAGGAACGGAAACGGUGACUCCCCCGGCGCGGUUGCCGAGCAAGAGGGAGACGAUAUGAACCUGACGGACGAGGACUUAAACGAGCUGAAAGGGUCUAUAGAGCUAGGGUUUGGGUUCAAUGAGGAAGAGGGUCAGCGGUUGUGCCCCACAUUGCCGGCUCUUGAUCUCUACUUUGCCGUAAACCGCCAGUUCUCUCCAAGUCCAAUAUCCUCGCCCAAUAGUGGUCGACAUUCCACGUCGUCAAUGGGAGGUCCAACGUCGUCGUUUGGUGGACUUUCAUCCUCGUUUGGAAGCCCUAGCCCUAGGAGCGACAGUGAUGGGUGGAAGAUUUGCAGCCCAGGUGAUAACCCUCAACAGGUGAAGACCAAAUUGAGGCAUUGGGCACAAGCAGUGGCUUGUUCAGUUAUGCAAUCUUACUAA